CUAGAUGACUACCUUACAAAGGCCGCCUGUAUGUCCACUGAUGAAGCUUCUUGUAUGCAUGAACACCAGGCUAGGAUGUAGAAUGUUGAAUGUUAGUCAACUAGGCUGGAGUGGGUAGACACCAGCCGCCGCUGCUUGAGGGCCUGGAUAUCUUCCUUGGAAGGAGGUGUCCAUGGUGGAGAGAGCUGCUGUUGGAGUCAUCUCGCUGAGGCUCCUCUUUGAGAGAGACAUUUAUGCUUCCCUCAGCAUUUCCACAGGCACUGCAGAGGACACUGGUCAGGCUGGAGGAACACGGGCCUGCUCACCCUCUCUAGUGCCUCAGUAGCCGGGUUGAUUUUUCACAGGGACAAGAGAAGGAGGGACAACAACAUCUUCUGUGGGAACGAGAAUCGGCUUCCUUGUGUGAAUACCCAGCAGAUUGUUGUAUGAGAGUACUAAGAACCAGAAAACCACCGUCUACAUUUCAUAUCAGCACAUACCAUCAAUUCUAAGAGUCCAUGUGGAUCUUGGAAGUAGAAGGAUUUAAAAGAGUUAAGUUUCCCCAGAGAACAAGAACCUUACCAUCUCCUUUAGCUCUGAAGGCUGGCAGACAAUGGAUAUCAUAGAGACAGCAAAACUUGAAGGUCAUUUGGAAAAUCAAACCAAUAACUCUACCAACACUUACACAAGCCCUGGUGAAGCUGUAGACGACGGAAAUAAAAAUGGCAAUGGUAAACCCAAGAGCUUAUCCAAUGGGCUACGAAAGGGUGCCAAAAAGUACCCGGACUACAUCCAGAUUUCUAUGCCCACUGACUCCAGGAACAAGUUUCCCCUGGAGUGGUGGAAAACGGGCAUUGCCUUCGUGUAUGCCCUCUUCAACCUUGUCCUGACAACAGUCAUGAUCACAGUCGUGCACGAGAGGGUCCCUCCCAAGGAGCUCAGCCCUCCACUCCCAGACAAGUUCUUUGAUUAUGUCGACCGGGUCAAAUGGGCAUUUUCUGUAUCAGAAAUAAAUGGGAUCGUAUUAGUUGGGUUAUGGAUCACCCAGUGGCUUUUUCUGAGAUACAAGUCCAUAGUGGGCCGCAGAUUCUUCUUCAUCAUCGGAACAUUGUACCUGUAUCGCUGCAUAACUAUGUACGUCACUACGCUACCUGUGCCUGGAAUGCACUUCCAGUGUGCUCCGAAGCUCAAUGGAGACUCUCAAGCAAAAAUACAACGGAUUCUCCGGUUGAUUUCUGGCGGUGGGUUGUCCAUAACGGGAUCACACAUCCUGUGUGGAGACUUCCUCUUCAGCGGUCAUACGGUUGUGCUGACACUUACUUACUUGUUCAUCAAAGAAUAUUCGCCUCGUCACUUCUGGUGGUAUCAUCUGGUCUGCUGGCUGCUGAGUGCUGCUGGGAUCAUCUGCAUUCUUGUGGCACAUGAACACUAUACCGUCGACGUGAUCAUUGCCUACUACAUCACAACACGGCUGUUUUGGUGGUACCAUUCCAUGGCCAAUGAAAAGAACUUGAAGGUCUCUUCCCAGACAAAUUUUUUGUCUCGGGCUUGGUGGUUCCCCAUCUUCUAUUUUUUUGAGAAGAAUGUACAAGGCUCCAUUCCCUGCUGCUUCUCCUGGCCACUGUCCUGGCCCCCCGGCUGCUUCAAGUCAUCAUGCAAAAAGUACUCACGGGUCCAGAAGAUCGGGGAGGAUAAUGAAAAGUCUACGUGAGCCGCCAACCCGGCAGCAGCUUUUCUGCCAGAAGAGUCCAUGCUAUAACCAAAGAUGCAGCUUCAUGUUUAUUUUCAGAGUACUGACUGGUGAAUGACGUGGACCAAAUUUUGUGCAAAAGAUCAGAACAACGAAUGAAGUAUUACCUUUUGGCUUUUUUUUUUUUAAAUUCAUCCCAAGAAACGUAUAUUUUCCUGCAGCUCUUCACUCAUGGGUGACAGAGUCCCCCAAACUGGGAUUUUAAAGAGGUGGUAAAGAACACACUGUGCCUCUCCUCAUUCUUCCUCCACUUCCACAUUCUUUCCAGAUUUUGUUUUUCCCUUCAAGGUCGGAAGAGUUUGCUAAUGUUUUGAAUAAAAUGUCUGGAUAUGUAGA